AUGAGGUUUCAGGUACACGAUGUGCGAAUAAAAGAUGCUGUGAAAACGUACGAGAAUAGGUUCCAACAGUUAGCUGUCACCUUCAAUGACACUUCUGAUGAGAUCUUUGCGGGUAGCAUUGACGGUGAUAUUUACUGUUGGGACAUGCGACGUGACGAUAUCUCCUAUGUACUUCAAGGACAUAAGGACAUAAUCACUGGUUUAGCACUUAGCCCGAAUGGCAACUAUGUCCUCUCCAACAGCAUGGAUUGCUCUGCGAAAAUGUGGGAUAUCCGACCUUUUGCUCCGCAAGAACGGUGUUUGAAGUCAUUUUAUGGUCAUCAACAUAACUUUGAGAAGAAUUUGCUGAAAUGUGGAUGGUCUGGCGAUGGAAAACGGAUAACGGCAGGAUCUAGCGAUCGCUUUGUGUAUGUAUGGGAUGUAUCAUCAAGGCAUAUACUCUACAAACUUCCUGGACAUCUCGGCUCUCGAAUCGUUUGGUAUCUUUUUGCAGAUUACAUGGGCGAGGUAGUGCGCCAUCGAAUAGGCAAGAUCUAUAUAUCCCUUUCCAAAUGUAUAUACAGGAAUUUAGCUUACGAAGAAUACCUUUUGAGGCAUCACGAUCUUGAGGAAGAGGGAGAAGCAUUACUUUUUUGGAGUAAUAGGCCCACUGUCGUGAUAGGUCGGCAUCAAAAUCCAUGGGUUGAAGCAAACAUACCCUUUUUGCGAGAAUAUGGAAUUGACUUGGCUAGACGGCAUAGCGGUGGCGGAGCUGUUUAUCACGAUGAAGGAAAUUUAAACAUUUCGUUCCUCACGACGCAAAAAGCCCAUCAUAGGAAGAAGAACCUAGAAUUAUUGGCGAAGGCAUUGAACAGUCGAUUUGCAAUAAAUGUUGUUCCAACCCCACGAGAUGAUAUGGAGCUGCAGCCGGCUGCUAGGAUAACAAAGGGUAGAGCAUACCAUCAUCUUACACUACUUGUUCAAGCCGAUCUAAUGGACUUCAUUAGAACUAAUGCUAGCAGCAGUGUUCGAGCCCCAGCGGUUGGCUUUCUGAAGCAGGAUGAUCCAUCCGCAGAGGUCUUAACAGCACGAGAAACCAUAACAAAAUAUUUCUCGAAUCAGUUUGAGGAGUGUAUCGUCAGUGAAGUUGACGUUGACAAGGAGGUGGAAGUAAAUGAGCAAGUGGCCAAGAACCUUGCUGACCUCAGGGACUGGAACUGGAUUUACGGGAAAUCUCCCAAGUUCUGGUUUGAAAAGGGCGAUAGGAAACAAUAUGUCGAAGCUGGUAUCAUAAAAGAAUGCUCAUUAGGCCUUAAAUUCAUCGGUACGUCUACUCUGUUGUUUGAUGUAAGUAGUUCAACUUUACUAGAAUAGAA